UACCAAAAUUAGAAAGAGAAAAAGAUAAUGAAACAAGUGAAUGUCCGGUUGUGGAUCAGCCUGCUAGUGGUGGUGGUGGUGGUUUUCAUAAUCAUGACGGAACAAGUGACAUCACAGCCGACUGAAAGAAAUAGCACCCUGAUCGCAUAUAGAUGCAGUCUAUUCAAGGUUGGGAACCCGCUGUAUUUCUUCAGCAAUCUAAACACCACCCUUUCCAGACUUCGUGGGCAGUUAACCACCAGUGUCCAAGCCGCCGCAGACACUUUGUCCAAUAGUGCGUCGGUGUGGGGCCUUGCUUGGUGCAUGGGAUAUCUUUCGGUUCCAGAUUGUCUGGGUUGUUUUGACUAUGCUGUUAAUCAGCUGAAAGCAUGUGGUUAUGACUCUGGUGCUCAUGCUAUUUACAGCGACUGCGGUGUCAGGUAUGAGAACUAUAACUUCUACACUCAGGCUAAUACUGUGGUAUAUUCACUUUGCAACAACAAGACUGCGCAUCAACCAAGAGAGUUCCGAAAAGCAGCAGAAAAGUUAUUGUUAGAUCUUCAAAUUGCAGCACCAAGAACAAAAAAAUAUUAUGCAGCUUCUACUAGGAAAAUAGUUGUUGAUAAUGAAACUGUGUAUGCCAUUGCCCAAUGUAAUCUAAAUGUAAGCCAGAGUUCUUGUUUAGAAUGCUUACAGUUGAAAUCAAGAUUUCUACAGGUCUGUCUUCCUAGUACCUCUGGUUUCACAAUGACCAACAGAUGCUUCAUGAGGUAUGGCAGGACUCCAUUUUUUAGACAAAACCAAAAAACUGAUAUUGCAUCUCUCCUUUGGGAUGGACACUCAAGCAAGACAAGAAGCAUAAUUGGGGUAGUUGUUGGAGCUGCAAGCUUCUUGUUGCUUGUACUCACAUUUUUCUUAUUAUGGUAUCGCAGCAGAUGGAACAAGACAAGUAGAGGCCAACAAGGCGCACAAGAUUUAAAUGGGGCAAUUUACUACAACUACAAACAUCUCGAGUUGGCUACCAAUAAUUUCAGUGAAGAGAAUAUUAUAGGGAAAGGCGGUUUUGGUGAGGUAUUCAAGGCAAUUCUUGAUGAUAAGAAAGUUGUGGCAGUUAAGAACCUGAAACUUGGAUAUGGUGGAGCAAAAGUACAAUUCGAAAAUGAAAUCUUACUUAUAAGUCAAAUUCAUCAUCGAAAUCUUCUAGGUCUCCUUGGAUGGUCCAGUGAAGGAUCCAAGCUACUUCUUGUCCUCGAAUAUAUGCCAAAUGGAAGCCUUGACAAAUUCCUAUGGGGAGCAAACAAGGGUUCCCUGAAUUGGCAAACACGAUAUAACAUCAUCAUAGGGAUAGCUCGGGGUCUCUCUCAUCUACAUAAAGAAUUCCAUGUGAAGAUCGUUCAUAGGGAUAUAAAAUCAAGCAACAUUCUCCUUGAUGAUGAUUUUCAACCCAAGAUUGCAGAUUUUGGAUUGGCAAGGUUUCAACCCGAUGAUAAAAGUCAUAUUACCACCAAGUUCGCUGGGACAUUGGGCUAUACAGCGCCGGAAUAUGUACUUUAUGGCCAUUUAUCGGAUAAGGUUGACACUUUCAGCUUUGGUAUUGUGAUCCUUGAAAUCAUUAGCGGUCGAAAGUGUACUUAUAGGAACUUUGAUACAUCAUCAAUUGCUUGCCUCCUGGAAUAUACGUGGAAGUUGUAUGAAACUAACAACCUUAUGAAGCUAGUGGACGAGACAAUAGAUAUGAAUCAAUACAAAGAAGAACAUGUUGUGAAUAUCAUCGAGAUUGCUUUGUUGUGCACCCAAUCACCGGUUUCAAAAAGACCGACCAUGUCUGAAGUUGUUUUGAUGCUUCAAAAUGAUCCAUCAUUUGUGGAAAAAGAGCUAACAAGACCUGAUUUCAUUGAUCAGGAUUGGAGGAUUCAAACCGUUUCUUCAUAGAAUUAUAAAGGUACUGUAAUGAUUCCCAAAUUCCAAAGGAAUUAGAGAGCAACUGCACAAAAAAUCUGAUGAGCAACUAGAUGACAUUGAGAAAGGGAUUAGUAUAUCAAUGAAAUGGUAAUGUUUUUUAUUUUUAUUUAACAUAUAUGAAAUAUGAUGCUCACUUUAUUUUGCUA